AAAGCAAUGUCAAUAAGAGGUGACGGUAGCAAUGGUAUCUGUCGAGCAGCCCUCUUUGACGUGCGUAAUGAUGUUACAUGAUUUAACUUUCUACUAUCUUUUUGUAAAAACAUCUUGAUUCUCCUUGUCUCCCCCAUUUCCAAGCGUGAAGUCUGCUAGUAUAACAGUUGAUAGAUGUCAAGUCCUCAGUGUUUUGAGAACCCACCGAAACUGACUCCAGAUUAUGGCGCAGGGACAGUCCAAGAACUUGGUGGCCUUAAAACCUAUGUUACUGGUGCUUCAGAUUCCAAGCUAGCCAUCCUUCUCAUUGCCGAUGCUUUUGGUUAUGAAGCUCCGAAUUUGAGGAAGCUUGCAGACAAAGUUGCAGCUGCUGGAUUCUUCGUAGUAGUUCCUGAUUUUUUUUAUGGUGAUCCGAUUGAUCUAAGCAGGCCUGGCUUUGAUAUAGAGGCAUGGAAAAAACUCCAUAACACGGACAAAGGACAUGAAAAUGCAAAAUUGGUAAUUGCCACUCUAAAAAGUAAGGGUGUGAAUUCCAUUGGCGCGGCAGGUUUUUGCUGGGGAGGGAACGUGGCAGUGAAAUUAGCCAGUUCUAAUGAUAUUCAAGCUGCAGUUAUAUUGCAUCCUGGUCCACUUACCAUUGAUGAAAUUAGAGAGGUAAAGAUUCCAAUUGCUGUUCUUGGAGCUGAAAUUGACCAUUAUUCUCCGCCAGAACAAUUGAAGGAAUUUGGAGAAAUUUUAUCCGCAAAAUCUCAGCUUGCUAGCCUUUUGAAAAUAUUCCCUGGUGUCAGUCAUGGAUGGACAGUUCGUUACAAUGUCGAGGAUGAACCGGCUGUUAAGAGUGCUGAAGAAGCUCACCGCGACAUGUUACACUGGUUUACCAAGUUUGUCAAGUGAAAGAACCAACAAUGGUGCAGACAAGAUUUGUCAGUACUAUUGUUGGGGAGAUUUGUAUUGGUCGAGGUCGCUUAGGCCUGUACCUAGCCUGUAUGUGUGAGGACUUACUCACAAGAUUAGACAUAACUUAAAAGCCUAAAAUAAUGAAUUUUGGGGGCAUCUCGUGUAUUCCUUGCUCACGUAUGAAACUCAACAAAUAUCAUUACCAUGAUAAAUAUAAUAAUUUUUCUACCGUUCA